GGCAAGAAACAAGAAGUUCCUAAAGAAGAACAGGGACCGACAACAAAGAAUUUGGAUUUCUGGGCACAGCUUAUUACUCUGAUGGUCACCAUCAUAGAUGAAGAUAAAACAGCGUAUACACCUGUCUUGAACCAGUUUCCUCAAGAGCUGAACAUGGGAAAAAUCAGUGCUGAAAUCAUGUGGACUCUGUUUGCCCAGGACAUGAAAUAUGCUCUGGAAGAACAUGAAAAGCAGCGGUUAUGCAAAAGCACAGAUUAUAUGAAUUUGCACUUCAAAGUGAAAUGGUUUUAUAAUGAGUAUGUGCGAGAACUCUCUGCUUUCAAGGAUGCAGUACCUGAAUACUCUCUGUGGUUUGAACCAUUUGUCAUUCAGUGGCUGGAUGAAAAUGAGGAUGUCUCAAUGGAAUUUCUUCAUGGAGCACUAGAAAGAGACAAAAAAGAUGGGUUUCAGCAAACAUCAGAUCAUGCCCUCUUUUCUUGUUCUGUGGUUGAUGUCUUCACACAGCUCAAUCAAAGCUUUGAGAUUAUUAGGAAACUGGAGUGUCCUAAUCCAGAAGCACUAUCUCAUUUAAUGAGAAGAUUUGCGAAGACUAUCAACAAAGUUCUUCUUCAGUAUGCUGUAAUUAUUUCAAAUUACUUCAGCUCAUAUUGUGAUAAAGAAAACGUGCCCUGUAUCUUGAUGAACAACAUUCAACAAUUAAGAGUCCAGCUUGAGAAAAUGUUUGAGUCCAUGGGAGGAAAGGAGUUGGAUCCUGAAGCUAGUGUUGUUCUCAAAGAACUUCAGGUGAAACUUAGCAACGUAUUGGAUGAACUCAGCGUAAUGUAUGCUGCAAGUUUCCAAUUUAUUAUUGAAGAUUGUGUAAGACAAAUGAGCAAUGAACUGAACCAAAUGAGAGGAAAUGGGAAUGCAGCAGCCAAUAAGAACAGUGCGGCCAUUGAUGCCGAGAUUGUGCUUCGGCCUCUCAUGGAUUUCCUGGACAAAACUUUAAGUGUCUCUGCGAAAAUCUGUGAGAAGACAGUUCUGAAACGGGUUUUAAAAGAGCUAUGGAAGUUAGUCUUGAACAAAAUAGAAAAACAAAUUGUGCUUCCACCACUGACGGACCAAACCGGGCCCCAGAUGAUAUUCAGUGCAGCCAAAGAUCUUGGACAACUGUCAAAACUCAAGGACCAUGUGAUUCGAGAAGAAGCCAGAAGCCUGACCCUGAGGCAGUGUGCAAUAAUGGAAGUAGCACUAGCUACUAUAAAGCAAUACUUCCAUGCUGGAGGAAGUGGGCUGAAAAAGAAUUUCCUGGAAAAGAGCCCGGACCUACAGUCCCUGAGAUAUGCUCUUAGCCUUUAUACACAAACUACUGACACCUUGAUAAAGAAGUUUAUAGACACUCAGACAUCUCAAAGUCAAACCACUAAUAAUUCAGUGGGUGAGAUAUCUAUACAAGUGGAUGUCUCUACACAUCCUGGAACUGGGGAGCAUAAAGUCACUGUAAAAGUUGUAGCAAUUAAUAACCUAAACUGGCAAACAACAGCUAUGUUCCGGCCAUUUGUGGAAGUUUGCAUAUUAGGUCCUAACCUAAGUGACAAGAAAAGAAAACAUGGAACCAAGACAAAGAGCAACACCUGGUCACCAAAAUACAAUGAAACUUUCCAAUUCAUUUUGAGUAACGAAGAUAAGCCAGGAGCCUACGAACUUCACCUCUCAGUGAAAGAUUACUGCUUUGCUAGGGAAGAUCGCAUUAUAGGAAUGACAGUUAUUCAGCUGCAAAACAUAGCAGAGAAAGGCAGCUGUGCAUCUUGGUACCCCUUGUUGAGAAACAUCUCUGUAGAUGAAACUGGGUUAACAAUUCUUAGAAUACUUUCUCAGAGGACCAAUGAUGAAGUUGCUAAGGAAUUUGUAAGACUUAAAUCAGAAAUAAGAUCUGCUGAAGAAAUGGCCUAAAAUACCUAAGUAAUACAAGAUUGUCACCGCCAAGAACAUAGAUACAAUGCUGUUGUCUGAAUAGUGCAUGCAUGAAUAGUGCAAAUCUGUGGGAAUGUUUAACUAUGUUUUCAGUGUUUGCCAGUACUUAUGUACUAUAUUUGCAAGGUAUGUCAAGGAGCUCUAUAUCUUUUAUACAUAUUUUGGUCUUUGGUAAAGUAAUUGUUCCAAUGAAGUGCCAAAACUAAGAUUAAGAGUAAAUGUUUCAUCAUAUCUUUUUAAAUGUUGAUUUCACCUCAUCAAAAUUCCUUUAUUUUUAAACAUUUAUGAAUAAAUAAUGAGCUUUUUUAAUUGAUUAUUAGGUUGUCUCUGUUAAACUACUGUGUUGCUUAUUCUAAAUUAAGUUACCUCCC